AUGACGAGGAUGGCGCUGCUGGGCGAGUACGCUAGUGACAGCCUCGCUGGGUGCUGGGCGCAGACGGGUGAGCGCAUUGAUGUUGUGCGCAACGAGGACAUCGACGAGGUGAGCCAAGAGCGGCCACGAUGGAAGCUGGGCAUGGAGCUGCGCAGGUACAGGAGGAAGGGACACCAGGAGUUAGGCGCCACGAGGGGGAGCCAGGAGGUUGGGGCGCUAGGAGGCAGGGCACUAGGAACUGGGCAUUAG